AUGAAAAUAAUCUCAUCCGUGAUUACUUUGCGUUCAGAAAAGUGGAAAGAAUCGUUGGAUUUUCUUGCGACAACGUGGAAAGUGCGUAGCAAAAGGUUUUCUAUACAGGUUCUUUUUAAUUAAACACACAGGAUCUUAUCUUUAUUUCGUUAAAAACAGAUAAUUUUAAACUCGCAAAAACCUUCAACAAUAUGUACACUACGUAUAUUUCAAUAUUGAACUCUACGGAUGAAUCGCGAUUAGAUGUGAAACAAGUUUUGAGAGCGGAGUACAAUUGGUUGGGCGUUUUCUUGGAUUCUCGAUGCGAUCGUAAGAGACACACUAGAGUCCUUGUGGAAGCAACUAAAUAUUCUAUGUACGAUGAAAUGCACAAAUGGUUAAUUUUGGGUUCGAACCUGAGCCAUGUAUUGGAAAUACUAAACGAUGACGCGUUCACUACCUCUACCGAUGUUAUAAUUACUGUGCCAUCAGCGAACGACUAUAUUUUGUACGAUGUGUAUAAUCCUUGCAAAGAUCGAGGAGGGUCGAUGAAUGUAACGCGCUUUGGAACGUGGAGCAAUAAAACUGGAUUAAACGUUACCUUAAAUGAAUCGAAAUUCGAAAGAAGAUCGAAUUUGCACGGGAUGAAACUCAAAGUUGGGGUCAUUAUCGGUUUUAAACCAGAAAACAUGACUUUUCACGAGAUGAUGCUACAAUAUAGCAUGAAGACAAAAUAUGGGCGAUCGAAAUUUCUCUACGUAUUGUUACAACAUUUGUCUGACAUCUUCAAUUUCACUAUGGAGCUUGUGCAAAUAAAUGCGCAAAGAAGAUUCGAUAAUUCCGGACCUAUUUUCGCGGCUUUCAAAGAGAAGCUCAUAGAUCUUUCGGCAAGUCCAGUGGCGAUGAGGAUCGGCAGAUUAGAUAAUGGAGACAUAAUCGGACCGGUUUGGCCAAUACGGUCAUGUUUUAUGUUUCGCACAAUUUCAUCGACGAAAAUUAAACCAGGACAAUUUCUGAAACCCUUGUCAGUGAAAGUAUGGUAUGUGAUAUUGGCCAUGAUAGGAAUCGUGACGACAAUUCUAGUUAUCUUACUAAGAUUAGAAGGCGUGCAAACUCCUACAGAGAUUUAUGGCCUUUCUGUUUUGCUCACAAUAGGAGCUUUGUCCCAACAAGGUUCCGCGUUCGUUCCAACACGUUGCGCAAGUCGUAUAGCAUUCCUACAAAUCUUGUUCGUCGGUUUAUUAAUUUUGAAUUAUUAUUCGGCGAGUGUCGUAUCGAAUCGUUUGAAAAACAGAGGCGAGAAGAUGAACGAUUCUUUGAUUAGUUUGGCAAAUAGCAAUAUGAAACUUGCGGUGCAGCCUACGUCGUAUAUUCGUUCCUUUCUUCGGGUGCCAGACAAAGAAGUAAGAUAUUUUUACGACAGUCGGUGGUCGAAAAUACCAGAGUCGGAUAGAUAUUUAUCACUAGAGGAAGGACUUAAUCGCGUGGCGGAGGGUCAUUUAGCCUAUCACACGAUGAUCGAUUCGGCUUAUCCGUACAUCGAACAGUCGUUCACUCGCCGAAGUAUCUGCGAACUUACGGAGGUUCAUCUGUUGCGUGCUGUCCUCGCAUUUUAUGCGAGGCAUCACAGCCCUUUUACCGAACUGAUGAAAGUAGGCUUGAUUAAAAUUCAAAACGUUGGCAUUCAGAAACGCGAAUUGAAGCGAUGGGCGGCUAGAAAACCAUUUUGCCCGAUCAACCUACUUAUCGCUGAACCUCUAUCGAUUCACGAAGCUGCACCAAUUUUCAUGUUCUUGUGUAUCUCACUGGUUCUAUCGAUUCUCAUUUGCAUCGUUGAGAAUAUCGUCUUCUGUCUUUUGCCAGCACGACCUCCAAGUUUCAUGAUGGAAAAGAAACGCUUGAUCAACUGGACUUCGCCUGUGCUAUAUUUACAAAACGUGAAUCAGUCUCUGAGGAACUUUUUUAGUAAAUGGAGCCCUUUUCAAAAUAAGCUUAUAAACGGUAAUUCGUACAUUGACGAAUUGUAUAAAAGGAAUUAUUUUCUAAUACAACGUAAUGUAAAUGUGAAAAUUCUCUCUUUGGAGAAAAUGAUUGUUCGAAGAAAUGUAGUAUCUAGGCAAAUUCAUAAAACAUUUCUAUAUAUAGGUGACUUCAAUCUUCUGAAAACGCUAAGCACCACUGGCAUAUUUACGAUAAUAAGAGAACCUAGCGUGAAAAUCGACUUCCGUAGGUUUAUGAGAAGCGAAACUUGGACAGUAGGUGUCGUAAUCGAUUUGCGUUGUCGCAAUGAGACCGCCGUACGAAUUUUCGCUGAAAGCUCAAAAUAUCGAAUGUACGAUUAUUCUUACAACUGGUUAGUGUUGGGCUCGGAUUACAAUAACAGUAUUCCUUUCUUGAACGAUACCGCUUAUAACAUAGUAACGGAUGUUGUUCUUGCUAUAACGAACAAAAAUGGCUAUGAUCUGUACGAUGUUUUUAAUCACUGCAAAUAUCGUGGUGGUGCGUUGAACGUUACUGAGCUUGGUACCUGGCAUCGUGAGUCUGGAUUGAAGGUUUUCUUAACGCAACCAUUAAUUAAUAGAAGGGCCAACAUGCACGGCAUGAGAUUAAAAAUAUCUGGUGUGAUUCAAUACAGACCAAAGAAUAUGCGUCUCGAGGAUUACAUGCAAGACAUAAAUACGAGAUCGUUGGAUAGUAUGCAUAAAUUCGUACACGCUAUGAUUUUACAUACAGGAGAUCUUUUUAAUUUCAGCGUUCAUGCCUCGGAAAUAAUUUAUUGGGACAGACAUAGCGUGCAUGGUUUGAUUUUCGAAUUCUUACGGUCGAAUUACAUCGAUUUCGCUAGUAAUCCAAGAAUUAUGGUGUCUGAACGAUUGGAUUACGCUACUCUAAUCGGCGCAGCAUGGCCAAUUAGACCCUGCUUCAUGCUGCUAUCGACUUCAACGAAUAAGAUCAAGUUAGAAAUCUUUUUGAAGCCCUUCACACGGCAAACGUGGUACGUGUUUGCUAUUUUCGGAUUAUUUUCCAUAUUCGUUAUGAAGAUGAUAAUGAAUCGCGAAGAUAUUGGCAAGAGAGAAAAAUAUUCAGGAGCGGUGGUGCUGUCGAUAGGAAUCGUGUCUCAACAAGGUGCAAAUUUUUUACCCAAACGUUUACCAAGCCGUAUAGCGUUAUUUCAAAUAAUUAUACAUAGCUGGAUAAUGUACAAUUAUUACUCUGCCAGUAUUGUCUCGGCUCGAUUGAGCGAACCCCUCGAUAUGAUGGAAGAUUCCGUAACUGUUCUUGCUGAUAGUAAUCUGAAAAUUGCUGCGGAAGCUGUACCAUAUCUAAACUACUUUUUAUACAAACUGAACUGGGAAUCGGAUUAUUUUCGCAAGAAACGCUGGGAUCCCCUGCCAGAAUCAAAACGAUAUCUCCCAAUAGAAGAGGGUAUCAGACAAGUCGGUCAAGGAAUUUUAGCGUAUCAUACGGAUCCUAAUACAGCUUACCCUUACGUCGAAAGAAUGUUCGAUUCAAAUAAAAUCUGCGAAUUGACAGAGAUUCAUUUGUUCAAGCAAUCGGUGAUGGGAAUGUACGCCAGUCACAAUGGACAGUUCAUUGAGAUAGCAAAAAUAGGGUUGACAAAGAUGUUUAAUACUGGCCUUCGUAAUCGGCAAAUCAAGCAUUGGUCGUCGAGGAAGCCACAGUGUCAACCCGACACUUUGUCCACAAGGAGUAUCACCAUCUACGAAACUGCUCCAGCUUUGAUUUUAUUGGCAUUCGGAAUGCUCGUAGCUGGAAUCAUUUGCAUCGUGGAAAAUAUUAUUUACAAUCGUACGAUGAAGAGUACCGAGAAAAGUGCACGAAAGAGGAGCGAAACGAAGGGAAGUUUCAGCAGUGGCAACAGCAGACGUAACUUGUUAGAUAUAAAUCCAUAAUAUUCGUACUGUUUUCCCACUCGAUAAUAAAGUAGAAUUUCGAUUAGUAAGCUAUUUCAAUUAACUUAUAAAAUUAAAAAAUGAAAUAAAAGAGUUAGUUAUAUAAUGUAUAUAUUUGUUUGCAAGGGAUCAACAUUCUUUCUGAAAUAAAAAUUGUAAAUUUUGAAAUAUAAGUAAAAUUAGUCGAUUGACUAUUGAUAUGAUAUAGUCAUUAUCGGAUAUUAAUAGACUACUAUGCUAUAAAACAGUUCAGAAUCACGAGCGGUUUCGUUUUCUAAAGAGCCAUCACAUCAAACCUGACAUGUUUUCUCAUGAAAAAUAAAAGAACGGAAAGGAAGAACUGCCAGGGACUGUAGCACGAAUACUCUACUUGUAGUCGUUCGAGUUGCAAUCGUGAAUAAAGGCUAACAACAGUAGUGUCAUGCACUUUUACAAUUUCUUUUAUUUACAGUUAAUCGUUGCACUGUACGCGAGCAAAAUGGAUAUGAUUCGUGAUUAUUUCGUUUUUAAGAAUGUUGGUAGAGUGGCUGGAUUUUCCUGCGGAGAGAUCGAAAGUAGGUAGUUUUCAUUUUGUAAAGUAAGUUUCUCAAUUUUCUAAAAUAAAAUAGUAUUUUUAAAAGAGCAAACAUUAAAUAAAAGAUAUUUCAAACGUGUCGUUUUAAA